GGUUUUAGCUUUGAAAUGGGUCAGGGAUAACAUCGUUUACUUUGGUGGUGACCCUAACUGAAUUACAGUUUUUGGAAACUCCGCUGGCGCUGCGAGCUCACAUUUUCAAAUGAUGUCGCCUCUUACACGAGAUUUCGUUAGUGGGGCCAUCAUCCAAAGUGGUUCGGCUUUCGCUCCGUGGGCACUAACGCCUAAGGAGGAAGCAAGAAACAAAACACUUGCGCUCGCCAACAACUUAGGUUGUGCGUCUACUGAAAGCAAGCAUGUGGUGGAAUGCCUUAGAAAAAUCAGCGCAGUUGACAUCGUGCAAGCAUCUUCAAGACUUUACGAAUGGGCAACGGCACCAGUAAUAGCAUUUAAACCUGUAGUUGAAGGUGAAUCGGCCAACGCAUUUCUGCCGGAUACGCCUGAAAAUUUAAUGAGAUCGGGUAAAUCGGCAAAGGUUCCAGUGUUGUUCAGUUUCACUUCGGGGGAAGGCAUAUUAUUUACAGGAUACAUUUUUAAUAAUAGUAAGCUUACAAGAGAAUUUACUGAAGGGUUUGAAGAGCUGGGACCCACCACGUUUUUAUACCGCGACUACAAAAAGUAUUCUGACAUUACAAAAAAGAUUCGAUCAUUUUACUUAGGAAACGAGAAUGUCAGUUUGAAAAAAGCGUUGCAAAUUAUUAACAUUGGUACCGACAUACUCGUAGUCUAUCCAAUUCAUAUAUUGACAGACAUGCACCUGAAAUAUGCAAAAACGCCGGUUUACCAACUGAUGUUUGAUUAUCGUGGAGCAAGAUCCUAUGGAGACUUGUACGGGGAUCCCUUACACAAUUACGGUGUAUGCCAUUGCGAUGAAUUAUUGUAUCUUUUCAAAACCAAUUUAUACGGCGUUUACCAUGAAAGUGAAUUAGAAAUGAAAGCCGUCAAAGGGAUAACAAAGUUAUGGGCAAACUUUGCAAAAACUGGCAAUCCUACACCAAACUAUGAGUUCUCACCGUGGGAUCCGAUCGACAUGAAUAAUUUGACCUACUAUCACAUAGAUAACAAUUUCGAUGGAAGAACUGUAAAAAAUGCACUAUCUGAUAGAAUAUCAUUCUGGGAAGAUAUUGCAUCCAAUUACGAUAAGAGGCCUUUAGUAUAGAUCUAUUUGAUAAUAGAGAUAAUUGCUUUUACUAGUUAAGGGUACCUAUAUUGACUGUAAUAUGGACUUGCCUGUAGAUUGGCAGCAUCUCAAGAUCAGUAGAAGCACAUAUUAGUAGGGGUUGU